AUGGCGGAAUCAUUGGAAUGUGAAAAUAGUGAAAAUUUAGAAACCGAUAAAGGAGAUUCAAUUAUAACGAGUAAAACGUUAGAUUUUGAUAGUAACACGACAAAUCAAAGUUUUUCUCCCGAAGGAUCUGUGGUUGCAUCACCAUCGAUUGAAAGUUUUUCAACUCUACCAGAGGGAGAAGCAAGUUUAAACCUGAGCGAAGAUAUGCAUGAUUUGGUAGUUAAAAUAGAUAGUCCUGAAAAACAUUUUGAUUUAUUAGAUACAUAUAUAACAUUCAGAGUGACAACAAAAACGACAAGACCUGAAUUUAAAACGAAUAAUUAUUGCGUCAAGAGAAGAUAUAAUGAUUUUGUAUGGUUGAGACAAAAUCUUGUCGCUGAAUAUCCAACACAUUUUGUGCCUCCUUUACCAGUAAAGCACAGUUUGAUAGAACAAUUAGAUCGAUAUGGAAAAGAAUUUGUCAACACGAGAAUGACUGGACUUCAAUCGUUUUUAUUUAGGCUAGUCAAACAUCCAAUAUUAAGUUGUUCUACUGGAUUUAGAAUAUUUUUGACUGCAACAAAUGAGGAAUUUCAAAGACACAAAAAAUUCACGGCUAGUAGUUUAUUGUCGAAAGUUUCCGAUUCCAUAAAUAAUUUGUCGACGAUGUACAUCGAAGCGAGACGUUCUCCAGAAUUAAAUAAACUCAAUGAAUAUUUGACUCUUCUCCCGGAUAAAUUAUCUCACAUUUGUAAAAUAUCCCAAAGGAUACACAAAGAGAGAACGGAGGAAUUUUCGGAUUUGACAGAACUCAAAUCGAUAUUUCAAUAUUGGGCGGGUUCGGAAAGCGAUUUAACGGAUCCACUUUGCGAAAUGGCAAAUGCGAUUGACAAAACAAGACAAAGCCUUCAAAACGUUCUUCUCAAUAAUGAAAAUUUUGUUUUAAUUCAACCUAUUAAAGAAUAUUUAUUAUAUAUCGAUGCAAUAAAAGAAGCCUUGGACAAUAGAGACAAUAUAGAAAUAAAUUAUCUUUAUCAAUUGGACAAUUUGCAAAGGAAAAGAUUGGAAAAGGAAGAAUUGGAAGCGGAAGCCAUCGAUCGUAACAUAUUAAAAUCAUGGGCAAAAUCAUCGAUCGAAACGAGAAAUGAAAAAUUGGAAAAAUUAAAUCAAAUAAUACCGCAAUAUCAACAACAAGUCGAAGAAGCUCGUGACAAGUUAGAAAUAGCAAAUGAAAAUAUAAGAUCCGAUUUGGAAAGGUGGAAUCAAGAGAAAAAAAUUGAAUUGAAAAAAAUAUUGAUUAAUUUUGCAGAAUUGCACAUAAGUCAUUACGAACAGUGUCUUCGAGCAUGGACGGAAGUAGAUUUACAAAAUCCAGGUAGCAAACGUUCGACCAAUCAGAAAAUAAAUUCUAAUCAAGGAUCUCAAACCACGUCAUAA